GCGCACAGGUGACCCGGAUGUGGCGCAGGUUGUGUUGACAUCAGAGCGGCGAUCAUCAUCAUCAGAUCAUGUUCAUAUUUCUGCGAUUCUAGUGCGUCGAAGCGGCGCGUCAGUCGUUCUGCGAGCGUCAGGUGCAGCAGCUUCUCUCCAUGUGUGUCUCCUGAGUCACAGAGUGUGUCGUGCUGUUGUUCUUCUGUUCUGAGUGACCCGAGGUCAUCAUGGCGAGUAAAGCGGGAGACGACCCGGACAGCCUGAUGUCUCUGUGCACCGUCUUCUGCCUGAAGAACCUGCGGAGAACCAUGUGCUACAGCGAAGGCGAGCAGAACCGGCUCCAGCUGCGGCCUGACGUCUUCCUGCCCGGCGAGAUCUGCGACCGGCUGGUCAACGUGUACAUGGAUCUGGUGCACACUGACAGUGACUUCGAGCCGCAGGACGGCUUCUUCCAGCUCUUCAGUGACCCGCGCAGCACCAGACUGACCCGCCUGCAGCUGAGGGAGGAUCUGGUGCGAGACCGAGACCUGGAGGCCAUCGGCAAACAGGAUCUGAUGGAGCUUCACCUGACCUACUGUAGCCGUCUGACGGCGCGCGGCCUGCGGACGCUCUGCAGCUUCAGACACUCGCUGCUGUUGCUCAGUCUGUUCGGCUGCUCCAGCGUCUUCUUCAGGAAGAGCGGCGCUCCGCUGGCGGCCGGCGAGGACGAGGACGAGGAGGAUCUGGAGGAGCGUCUGCAGCGGCACACCGUGGACCUGGACUUCAGCUUCCAGGGCUUCAACCGUCUGCGUCUGCUGAACCUGGGAGGCCUGCCGGCGGAGCUGGACGUGGAGACGCUGCUGCGGCCGCUGCCCGCUCUGACCUCGCUGGACCUGUCGUCCGUCCAUCUGCCUCGACCGGCCUUCCUCACGCAGUGGAGCGAGCGACUGGCGUCUCUGGUGCUGUAUAACGUGGAGCUGACGGAGGAGCUGAUCCACACGCUGCUGCAGAUGAGCAGACUGAGACACCUGGAUAUCUCACGAGAGAAUCAGAGAACGUCUAAAUUCAAGAUGACGAGGAAGACCUUGAGCAGUAUCGUUCAGAGUUUGGUCGAUCUGGUGUCUCUGGACAUCUCUGGACACAUCAUGCUGGAUAACUGCACGGUGCCGGCGUUUGAGGACGCCGUGGGCCGGCCGAGCAUCGAGCCGUGUAAGAGCAGCAUUUACCCGUUUCAGGAGCUGAAGAGGCCGCUGCAGUUCUUAGGACUGUACAACACAAUGCUCUGCAACGUCACACACAUCCCUGCGUAUAAGAUCACCGGCUCCAAGAAUGAGGAUCAGAUCCUGAACGCUAUCGAGGCGUACACAGAACAACGACCCGAGCUGGCCCAUCGAGCCAUUAACCAGCUGUUUGACAUCGCCAGGAUUCAGCACUGCAGCCAGCUGCUGCGAGCACUGCAGCUGGUGAUCACAGCGCUGAAGACUCAUAAAUAUGACAAGAGCAUUCAGGUGACGGGCAGCGCCGCUCUGUUUUACCUCACCAACACCGAGUAUCGCAGCGACCAGAGCGUCCGUCUGCGCAGACAGGUCAUACAGGUGGUGCUCAACGGCAUGGAGCAUUACCAGGAGGUGACGGUCCAGAGGAACUGCUGUCUGACGCUCUGUAACUUCAGUAUUCCUGAGGAGCUGGAGUUCCAGUAUCACAGAGUCAAUCUGCUGCUGCUGAAGAUCCUGGAGCCUGUGCGUCAGGACGAGUCCAUCCAGCGCAUCGCCGUCCAUCUGUGUAACGCACUCGUCUGUCAGGUCGACAACGACCACAAAGAAGCCGUCGGCAAGAUGGGAUUCGUCAAGACGAUGCUGAAUCUGAUCCAGAAGAAGCUGCAGGACAGAAUGUGUGAUCAGGUGAUGGAGUUCUCGUGGAGCGCGCUCUGGAACAUCACAGACGAGACACCUGAUAACUGUCAGAUGUUCCUGGAGUGUAACGGCAUGAAUCUCUUCCUGGAUUGUCUGAAGGAGUUUCCUGAUAAGCAGGAGUUGCACCGGAACAUGCUGGGGCUGCUGGGUAAUGUGGCUGAAGUGAAGGCGCUGAGGCCGCAGCUGCUGACCAAGCAGUUCAUCACGGUGUUCAGUGAGUUGCUGGACAGUAAAGCGGAUGGCAUCGAGGUGUCCUAUAACGCCUGCGGAGUCCUGUCACACAUCAUGUUCGACGGGCCGGAGGUCUGGACCAUGGAGGAGCCCAAGAGGACACACGUCAUGGAUAAAAUGUGGGCGGCCAUCCAGAGCUGGGAUGUCAGCUCGCGACGCAACAUCAACUACAGGUCGUUCGAGCCCAUCCUGCGUCUCCUUCCUCAGAGCAGCGCUCCGGUCAGUCAGCACUGGGCCACCUGGGCGCUUUAUAACCUGGUGUCUGUUUACUCGAGUAAAUACUGCCCUCUGUUGAUAAAGGAGGGAGGCGUCAUUCUGCUGCAGAAAGUUCUGGAGCUGGAGUCCUCUCAUCAGGAGACCAAGGACAUGGCACGUAAAGUGAUGGAGCAGUGUGAGAACUUCAAGGAGGAUCCGAUGGACACCAGCAGGUAAAGGAGCGCCGGUCAUCAUCUGCGUGAUGUUCUUCACUGCCACUGACGGCACAGAAACACCUGUGUGUUCGCGAGGAGGACGUUACGCUGCUCUCCUACAACACACGUCUGUCACGUCACACUACAGUGAGCUCACGAGUGUGUGUGUGUGUGUGUGUGUGUGUGUGUGUCGGGCUCGUUUCUGUGUUGCACAUGGACAGCAGUGAGAGCUGCGUUAUUGUAGGGGUGUUUUUCUUUGUUUUUAUUUGUAAAUGAUAAUGUGCCCGUGUGAGUGUGUGUGUAUAUGUGUGU